AUGAAGAUCCACAACAACGAGGGCGUUAUUGUCGUCAAUGCAGCCCUAGGGACCACUUUGAAUUACGACAAGGUGCUGCCCUGUCUACCCAGAGAUAACAAACACGAUGGAAGUUUGUGUUUAGAGUGGAUGCACAGGGCUAGACUCUACUUGGACUUCCACGACUUGGACGACGCAGUCAAAUGCUACAACCUCCGCUGGAUCUCUUUGUCAGACUCGGUGCCGCCCACCGACUGCUUCGAUCUGUCGGCCGCUCACUGGUACGGGGGCGGGCAAACUGCAGAGGCGGCGUGGCCCUUGGAGAAGGGCGGUCACCCUUUCCGGCCCUUCGUAACAGGGCGAGUGGAGGACGGCCGGUGGGGAAACGUAGUGAAGCGGUACUUCGUCAGUUCCAAAGGUGCUGCAAUCAUCGUCGAUGAUAAAACUCCCCUUCACGUCUCCAUACGCACCAACGACGACAAAAAAGAACUGUGCCUGAGGGCGCAAUACGAUGAUUUCGCCUUCGUCAACAGACUCACCCCGAGUGCAGAGCUCAACUACAGCAUCUGCGUGGGCUCCAACAUGUCCGAGCUGCAUAACCAUCUUAGCGAGCACACCCUGUGGGAUGGUCUGAAGAAGGAAGACAGCAACGUCAUCGACUAUUUGCUAACGGAGCCCGUUUGGGAGAUCAUCUCGGACUCCGACGAGAUAUUGACUGAAGAAACCAUCUACAACUUCACUGAAGACAUAACCAACUCCGUGGGCAUCAUGAAACAAGGUCACGUCUUGAUCAACGAAUUCUGGCAAAAGAACAUCGGAGACUUCGAGCUGGACAUUGACCGAUUUCCCACUCUGGACAAGACCUUGGACAUGCUGAAACGAAGAGGAUUCCGAGUGGUGUUCACCAUCCAGCCGUUCAUUUCCACGGAAAGCUUCAAUUUCGCCGAGGCAGUCAGCAAAAGGCUUUUAGUGUCGGAGAGGUUCAGCGAUCGACGUAUUCCGGCGCUGACACGGUACAAGAGUCUGCAGAGUGCUGGGAUGCUGGACAUCACCAACGAGAAAACUGUGCCUUGGUUGUUGGAGAAGCUGAAGAAGGUGAUGAACAAAUACAAAUUCGACGCCUUCUUCCUGGACAUGGGCACCGCCUACGACCUGCCCCACUACUACCACUGCGACCGCCCCCUCGCCAACCCCGACCAAUACAAGGUGACAUUCACUAACAGCCUACUAGGAUCGGUGCCUGUGUUUGGCAUUAGCAGUGCUGUCUUGCGCCCGAGACCGCCCACUUUCGUGUUUUUGCCGCCCUUCGAAUCCUCGUGGGCGGGGCUGAGAGGGGUGGUACCCACGCUGUUGACGUACGGGGUGUUGGGGUAUCCGUUUCUGAUACCCGGAGCUGUGGGAGGUGAUUACGAUGCCCCUCAGCUAAUUCCGAAGAAGAACGGAACAGAAAAGAGUUUGCCAGACGAGGAGCUUUAUAUUCGCUGGUUGCAACUAGCUGCCUUCCUGCCUGUCGUCAGGUACCACCACUUGCCAAGCAGCUAUGGGAAUCAGAACAUCUCGGAGAUAGCCAAAAGCUUGGCGUUGACUAGACAGAAUAAGGUGACUCCUAAAUUGAAAAAAUUCGCGAGAGUUUCGCUGAACAUCGGCCUUCCUUUGAUCAGGCCCUUGUGGAUGCUGGAUUCCGAAGAUCCGAAUUGUCAUCAGGUUUCUGAUGAAUUUUCUAUUGGAGACGAUAUAAUCGUAGCUCCCAUAAUAGAUUCCGGCCGGAGGCAAAGGGAGGUGUACCUUCCAGCAGGAGUGUGGAAAGAUGGCAUUGAUGGUGGUUUGAGAAAAGGAAGCAGAUGGAUCCAUGAUUAUCGAGUAGAAGAACACCAAGUUGCUUAUUUCGAACGUAUGCCUGACAACACUAGAUUCUAA